GCUCAACAGCUUGAGAUGGCAAAGUUAAAGAAUAGUGGAGGAACUGGUGCUAGAAACAAGGAGGACAGGAUGAAAGAAGCAGCAGAGUUACAUCUAAAAACUGGCAAUAUCCGUAGAUACUGUGAGUUAAAGGUGGAGCUAGGGGAAUGGGAGAGGGCGCUGGCAGUGGCACCAGGAGUCUCUCACGCUUACUGGAAAGAUCUAGCAAACAGAUAUUCUAGGUUUUUAAUGAGAGAGGACAAAGAUUGUGCUGCAGUAUUUUGUACAGCUGUAGGUGACACUGAAAUGUUGGUAGAUUUUUAUGCAUCAAGAGGUCAAAUGUCAGAUGCCGUCCUCACAGCACAGGUGGCUUGUGAAGGACUGAUUCCCAGCAAUAGUGAUGCUCAUAAUCAGAUGGGAACCAGCAAUGGGUAUGGGGAACCGUCCGAAAAGCAAAUACAAUUACUGCAGCAGACGGUCGAAGAUUGGGCAGCAUGGCACUUGUGGCAUGGAUCACCUAUCCUUGCUGCUUGCUGUUUUCUUGCUGUAGAUAAUGUUCAGAAAGCUUUGGGAAAACUGAUACAAGGCAAUGAGUUGGAGUUGGCUGUUGCUACGGGAACUGUAAUUGGUAACCUUCAAGAAUAUACCUCUGUUGCUAUAGAGAUGUUGUCAAGGAGAUGUGAACGACUUGGAAAAUGGGAAUUAGCUGUUGAUUUGUUACAUCAGGUACCAGAUAACAAGACAUUGUUAGCAAGAUGUUGCUCAAGAUGUGCUCUUUCCAUAGAUGAAAUAAACGCCUUACAUAAAAAAGCACACUUGCCUUCAGUGGCUGACUGUUUUAAUGAAGCGGAGAAGUUAAAGCGUAGAAAUGAUACAUUUGAAUGUGUUCUGUUCUAUCUUCUAUCAGCCUCACCAGAGAUUGGUAUAGACCUUGGUCUGGAUUAUGUAAAAAAUACUCUGAAGACAUCUGACUGGACAGUAGAUGAUGUGUUCUUUAUGUUACAACAGCUUGGCAGUGUUCGGACAGAUGCCCUACAAAUUCAUAGAAAGAAGGGAGAAUUGCUGGCAGUUUGUGCUUACAUUGGUGCUCUGGUUGCUAUAAGACGGGGCUAUUAUAGCAUUGUUCAACCUCUAUUCCAACAUUCAAGGCAACUUAUCUGUAACGAAAGUUUUAUAGAUUUUGGUGUGUCAGAAUCGGCUAUACAGUCACAGUGUACAGCUUGGAAUGUUGUUCAUACUGCACAACCACAGGAACCAGUCAAUGUUGACAUAAUACCUGCAGAAUAUAAACCAGUCUAUGUGAAAUUACAGCAAAGACUGGGAGAAGAACCCAACAAAAUUUUAGUGGGCUCAGACUGUGUCUCAAAUACUCAUCUUCCAUCCCAUUCUGAUAUACAUAUCUCAUGUCUUACUGGAGAGAGAAUACAGGGCCUAGCCUAUUUUCUGGAGGACGGAAAAUCUGCAGUUUCGGCAAACGAGGCCCUCAUGUGGGCGAAGGUCAAUCCAUUUUCUCCUCUAGGUACUGGCUAUCGAAUCAACCCAUUCUAAAUAACGGGGAGGAAGUUGCUGUUUACAAAUGCCAUAUAGAAGGACCAUCCCCUUGAAAAUUCUAGU